CAAAAGGUACGCUGCUAAAGGAAAUAUCAUGGCCCUACCGUGUAAAAGCAUUGAUUCUAUGUGCAGUAUAUUAAUGUUGUUUGGAAAACAGUAGAAAAAUUUAGAUUUCAGUCCACCUCACCUGAUCACCUCCACAUUCAAUAUCCCCAAGAAUUUUAAUUCAGCCCCCCACCUAUCAGGCGAUCACCUAUCACUGUAUUCAAGAAACUGGUUGUCGUUCUCCACAAUCACUUACAGAGAUGUAUCCACUCUCUCCACAAUCUCUCCUGUUCAUUUUCUUACUUAUCAUCAUUUAUCUCUCUCUCUACGCUUCAAAGAAGAAAUCUUCGUCUAAUGUAGCCAUAAAACCCUUCCCUUGCUUCGGAGUGCUACCAGAAUUCAUAAAGAACCGGCACCGAUUCCUGGAUUGGAGCUCAGAAGUCCUUGCCAGACUCCCCACUAAUACUCUUGACUACCACCACCCCGGCAAGGUGCACGGCAUCAUUACUGCAAACCCACUAAACGUCGAACAUAUGCUCAAGAGCAACUUCCAUAACUACCCAAAAGGCUCCCGUGUCACAUCCUACUUAGAAGACUUCCUUGGCAGAGGCAUCUUCAACGCCGACGGAGAGAUCUGGAAGAUCCAGCGAAAGACGGCGAGUUAUGAAUUCAACACGAAAUCACUUCGGAACUUUUUCAUGAAGAGCGUGGAGGAGGAGAUUCAGACGAGAUUGGUUCCUGUUCUGAAGAGAGCAAGUGUGCUGAACCAGGUUGUAGACAUGCAAGAUAUUCUGGAGCGUUUCUCGUUUGAUACUGUCUGUAGAUUAUCGUUCAACAUGGACCCAGGUUGUCUCGGCAGCGAAGGAACCACUGGAACAGAAUUCAUGAAUGCAUUUGGCGAAGCAUCGACGUACAGCGCUGGGCGAUUCUUCUAUGCUUUGCCCUAUAUGUGGAGGAUCAAGAAGGCGCUCAACAUAGGAUCAGAGAAAAGAAUGAGAAAAGCAAUCUCUAUCGUUCAUGAUUUUGCGGAUGAUAUAAUAAAGUCGAGAAUGAAAGAGAAGGGCGAGAAGGAAGACACCGAUGAUCUACUGUCACGAUUCAUUGCGAACGAGUCGAACUCAGCCGAGUUCCUUCGCGACAUUAUCAUAAGCUUCAUGCUUGCAGGACGAGACACGAUGACGUCUUCUAUUACUUGGUUCUUCUGGGUUUUAUCGUCAAGAUCAGACGUCGAGGGAAACAUACUACACGAGAUGAAAUCCAUCAGGAAUCGUAACGGUACCGGCAGCGAAGCCUUUAACUUCGAUGACAUGGGACAAAUGCACUACCUGAAAGCGGCGCUCUCAGAAUCGCUGAGGAUGUAUCCGCCGGUGCCAUUGGACGAGAAGCAGUGUUUGCAGGAUGACAUCAUGCCGGACGGAACCUUCGUCGGUAAGGGAUGGUGCGUGACGUACCACGCAUACGCAAUGGGCAGGAUGGAGAGUAUAUGGGGGAAAGACUGCCUGGAUUUCAAGCCGGAGAGGUGGCUGGAGAAUGGAAUAUGCCGGCAGGAAAGUCCGUUCCGGUUUCCGGCCUUCCAUGCCGGACCCAGGAUAUGCCUGGGAAAAGAUGUGGCGCAUAUGCAGAUGAAGAUGGUGGUUGCAUCAGUGCUGUCGAGGUUCCAUCUCGACUUGGUUGACAAGUACAGAGCUCCCAAGCAGAUUCUCUCAUUGACGCUUAGGAUGAAAGAUGGGCUGCCUAUGAGAGUAAGGGAAAGAUGCGAGGCUGCGAUUGAUUGAUCAAAACGAUUCAACUGGUGCUCACAAUCUAAAAUAAGAAUGUCUUGAUAAUAGAUAAGUUUUGCUUUAGGGAAGGAGUCUGGAUCACCUGCCAACAAAACACCUUCCAACCCUCUACCAAUAUAAUCUCACACCACACGUCUCAUAUAUGGCGGGGAGGAUUGGAACAUGUGUUUGUAGCAGAAGAUCUAAGGAGCCAGGCCAAUGGUGUAUUUUUUUUUUUUAGUGAUUAGAUCAUGUUGUGUGAACUGAUUUGCAGUUGGCAUGUAUGAAUUUGAAUGAGGUUAAAUUGGUUGGGUAGCAACA